AUGACCACUCUCCUGCCGACGUCUCAAUCCACCGGGGUUGAGGCGUACGAGGACAUGUUCAAGGAGAUCACACGGAAGCUGUACGGCGAGGAGUCGGCCCACGGACUCUACCCGCACAACACGCAGGUGGCCCAGCUGGCGCAGCUGGCCCCCGGUGGGCCCAUCGCGCCACCCGAGGGCGGUGAACGGUCCUUCACUACCCUGACGCAGAUCGGGUACGGAACGACAACGAACGUCGGCGGACAUCAACACACGGCUGGAGGCAGUUCGCAGCACCAGCAUCACCAACACCACCACCACCACGCGGCCACCGGUGCGGGCUUUAAGAGCGAAGAGCACAUUUCGAACGCGUUCGGGUUGGCCGCCCUCAUGCAGGGUGGCUUUCCACCGCCCGGCACCAUCCUGAACCCGGUACACUUUCCCGGUGCCAGCAAGACGCCGUCAAAUAUAUCGACCCCAUCGGGCGAAGAUCGCUGGAAUGCGCAGCACGUCGCCACCGGUGGGCAGCACACGGUGACGGAUGACGCGUGGAACGGUGCCAAACCUUCGGCUCCGUCCGGGGCACAGUAUCGUAAGUCGCACAAGAAAGCCAAAAGCGACCGUUCCGGUGCUGAUGGGGCGGCCAAUGGGGCCGUGUCCGGACUAAACAUUCCCAGCACCGCCGACCGUGGCAAGGGGAGCGCGGCGGCAGCACCUAGCUAUGGUUCCGCCUCCGGCACGGCUCCGGCAGCAGCAGCCGCAGCCGCAGCAGCGGCGGUAGCGGCAGCGGGUGGCGGUGCAGUCAUCACCAAGCGGUACGGUUGCGCGACCUGCCCGUACACGACGGAUCGGCGCGAUUUGUUUACGCGCCACGAGAACAUCCACAAGGAGGACAAACCGUUCCAGUGUUACGCUUGCCUGAAGCCGUUCAAUCGGGCCGAUCACGUGAAGAAACACUUUCUCCGGAUGCACCGCGAGCUCGAGUACGAUAUCGCCAAAACGCGCCGCUAUCCACCCAGCAGCAGCAGCAGCAGUAGCGGGGCUGGCACUGGCGGUGGCUUGGGAGGAUCUUCCGGAUCCAAGGGCGGCUACUACGCAACGACGUCGACGUCGGCGAGUCAAGCUAGUGGCGGCACCGGGGUCCCGGCCUCAAGUAGCGCUGCUUCGCUAGCACAAAUGUCUCUCAAUAUCCCCUCCGGUAGCUUCUCGGCCGGUGGGCAGAUGCUUGCGAUUCCGGCUCACUCGCUCGACCACCACCACCAGCACUCGGCAUUGGCGCUUAACGGCGGCCACUCCAGCCAGCUGUUGCACCUUCAGCAGCAGCAUCACAAUGUACAAACUUCGCACCCAUCGUCGUCGUCGUCCUCGAUCAGCAUCAAGCAGGAAAAGGGCGGAGGAUGCCCACCGGUCAACAUGUCCACCGGCGCCGGUGGCGGCGGCAGCACGGGGGGCGCCCUGCCCGACGACAAGUCCUUCGUGAAGAAGGUGAAGGGCGAGAAGAAGUUCACCUGUGCCUUCUGUCCCUGGGCCGGUGCCGACAACUGGGGACUGAAGCGCCAUCUCAACACGCACACGAAACCGUACGUGUGCCUCCUGUGCGACUACAAAGCGGCCCGUUCGGAGCGUCUCGCGACGCACGUCUUCAAGGUGCACAACAAAAAGGCCUGUGCCAAGUGUAACUUCUUCGCCGAGGACCAACUGGGGCUCGAGGCUCACCUGCAGGAAGCACAUCCACACGACCCAACGAAGGCCAGCGGUAGCAAAGGGCCUGGUAGCGGGAGCAGUAGUAGUGGUGGCAGCGGUAGUAUUGGUGGCCAUAGCGCACCAUCAUCGGCACACCAUCACCAUCCGCCCUCCGCGAACGGCAACGCGGUCCUGCGCAAUCUGGGUAAUGCAUUUACGUCGAACAAUCUGCCCACCAACAUUCCGUCCACUGGGAAUGGCUUUGGUAACGGCACACCGAAUGGCCACUAUCAUGCCACUAACGUCCAUCAUGCGGCCACCGGUAAUGUACUGACGAACAGUAACGCCGCUAACCUAAUCGAUACGAUCAACCAGCAUCUGGCGGCGACCGGGCAACAGCAGCAUCCGAGUUGGCUGGCGAAGCAAGCGCACCGUAAACGCGGUCCGGAUCUGCUCUACAGCUAUCUGGAAGCGGACGGGAGUGACUCCGGAGACUAUGCACGCCUUUUACACAUGCAAGCAGUCGGACGUAACAAAGCUUCAGUCACGCAGGAUUUUCAUAACGCGGGAGGCGGAGACAACAACGGUAGGAAGAGCGCAGCACCGGCAGCAAAUCCGCUGGCAUUCGCCGGUGGGGACGCCACCAGCGAUGGCGUGAAAGCGACGGAUCAGGAUAGCGGGCCGGCCAGCCUUUCGCUGGCCUCGCUGCUCGGUGGCGAUCAGCUGUCGUUUCUGCAGCUCCUCGCGACGGCGGCCGUCGCGCAGCAGCGUUUGCAGCUACAAUCUGACCAGCAGCAGCAGCAGGUCGCGAACCAGAAAAAGCAGCACCACCACCAUCAGUCCCAGCCAAAACCAUCGACGACGAACGCGGAACCCAUCGGCAGCAGCGGUGUCCCCAAUGGAGUCCGCCCGUACGCCACGAUGGUUUCGUCGCCUCCCGCGACAUCUACACAACACAGCACCACCACCACCACAAUACCCAACAUUAGCGCGGACAGUACAAAUGGUACCAACAACCAGCCCUUAUCGUUCGUGAGCAACGGGCACGCGAUCGACGCGUCGACGCCCAGCGUCAAACGCCGCCGAACGAACAAUGUAUCAUCGAAUGAUAAGGAGAAUCUUAUGUACCGCAAGAACGUGACCGCUCCGCCCGGGGCCGUCGGUGUCAUCGUUAGCCAGACGGCCCAAACACCCAACGGCACCACGAUCGUUGCCCUUCCCGCGAGCAACGGGCUGGUGCGCAACAGCGCCAAGAUCGGCCACCAAAAUCACCAUCAUCAUCAUCAUCAUCAUAAUCAUCAUCAUCACAACAACAACAAUAGUAGCACCAACAAUAAGAAUAUAAACGAUAUUUUUGAUAAAGUGUACAAGAAACCGCAAGGCGCAUUCGCGAAGCCAACGCCAGCUGCAGCCCACUCGUUGCCGACCAUUUUACGCACUGCACCCCCGUCGGCCGUGGAAGAGGACGGACGGGCACCGGCCAGGUCGGCAUCGUACGAGGGUAACGCACCACAGUGCUCCCCCAGCGAAGGGGAGCAGUUCUCUUUGGCAGAGUUUCUUAAAAAUCACACCGAAGUGUCGAUUAGCACCGUAGGCGGCAACACCACCGGGGAAAAGGCAGCCAUCGCCGCCGUACCGAUCGCAGAAGCGUGUAAACCGAGGUCGCCGGCAGCGCACGUCGAUCAGUACGAUAGCAGUUCCUCCUGUGGGUCUGGCACAUCGGGAGUUUCGCAAAAGCGUAAAUCGGAAUCGGAACGUAAUCCACGCAAGCAGCAGCAGCCGCGUCGGAUCGAAGAACCGGAAACGAAACUAGCGCGACCCCUGCUGAAAGUGUUGUCCCCGAUGGAGCUGGACAGCAAGCUGGAUGACGAAAAGCUGCAGCUGCACGAGAUGAUGGAACAGCAGCAGGUGGUCUGUGAAGAAAGAGGCGCCAGUGAGAGUCCCAACAAGCUGGCCGAUAUUCGCGACAAACACCUGAUCCAGCUGGUGACCCGCCGGCGCUGUUGCCGCAUCUGUCAGCGCCGCGGUCAACUGGAGCAUCUCGAUAAUGGCCACUAUCACAGCAAAAUUUCACUCUUACUGCACACUCGCUGGCGGCACCAGGGCAACUGCGAAGGGGCACGACGCGGCAGCCAGUGCCACCAGUGUGGCGCGCAGUUUAGCAAGCGCUACAAGCUGAUCUUGCACCAGAAACUAACCGGCCACAAGGGGGGAGGUUGGAGAAAGGGACAAACCAAAAUCAGCCGCAUCCAAAAAGCCGAUGGCUCGACCCGAAAACUGCCAAAGAAGCAACGGAAGCGCAAGCCACGCAGCCGUUGCUUCACGCGGCGCAGAAAAUAAUACUCUCUUCAGUCUCUUGAGGUUUCCGCUGCAUUUCCUGUCCAUUCCGUGGCAUUCGUACAAAACGGUCCCGGUGUGAGUGCUGGCAGCGCACGGGGUGGUGUGUUCGGAAGAUCUUAAGUUAGGUGUCCUUUUAUGCCAUGAUAUUUUCAUUUGAUUACUCUUACUCACGCUCCCUGCUGAGCCAUUCCGAAUUGGGGCAGGGGAUUCUUAGUUUUUGCUUCCUAAGGUUAUAGAGAAUCGCACCAAAAAGCGCGAGUCUUGCCAGAUUUAUCGAGAACAGAUGCAGCGGCCAUCGAACGGAUCUCUACUGUUACUGUAAAUAUUUGGGUUAGUUAUUAGUAUUCUUUUUUAUUGCACAAAACUCCUGCUUGAAGCCAUCCAGUAAUCGAGCGGCACGACGCUGCCCAAAAUUGAACUUAUCAGAGAAUUUAUGUUGAACUACCCAACGUUUCAGAGGGUAGCGGCGUUUAUAACGAAGAAUACUUGAAUCUUUUUCUUGAACAAGUGGCUCCUGGAGAUAUAAUC